UUCCUGUAUGCCGGUUUAUUUCUUUUCGGCCUCUGUGGUAAUGUUUCGGUUAUAACGCUCAUACGUCAGGUGCAUUCAUCAGUUCCCUAUGAUAAUACAAUGAUAUUCAUAUUAUUUCUUUGUUGUGUCGACUUGGCUUCCGUUCUGCCGUUACCAAUGGCAAUUGUUGAUCAGUUACUUGGUUUUUGGGUAUUUGGUACGGUUUGUUGUAAAAUUUAUCGAAUGUUAGAGCAUGUGGGUCGUGCUUUAUCGACGUUUAUACUCGCUGCAAUGGCUUUCGAUCGUUUUCAACGUGUGUGGUACCCGCAUCGGAAAACAAGGUGGAGUAAAAUUCAUAUCACUUCAUCAUUCAUGAAGUACUUUCACGUGCUUAAUAAACCUCAAAAUUCUUUUUUUUUUUUAAAGAAUUCUAUUCAUAAAAUUCAGUUUAAAUCGAAAAAUGCUUAUUCAGCGACUUAA